GCAGGACUUCACGCUGCUCUCAGUGGAGGAGGGACUCCUCAGUUGUACACAGUCAGCUUGUGGUGGAAACACACCACAUUAUGUAGCGUUUAUUCCUCUUAACCGCGUUUAUUUCUCUGUUGGAGAUCGACUGCUGGAGGCUUUCUGUGAGGACUGCAGCAGACACUCUGAGGACAAUAAUAUUUCUACGCAGAAGAAGACGAUUGGCUGAGGGUCCCCUGGCAGAUCCAAACCUCCUGAUGUUAGCUGACAAUCAAGAGAUGUCGCCCUGAUUGCUGUUUUGUCGGGCACAGCUUUUCAAAAUGUCAACCACAACAGAAAAUGGGAUGGGAGGGCCUUGGAGCACGAGCAGAGAGAAAACAUACAAAAAGACCACGUCAUCGGCCUUGAAGGGGGCCAUUCAGCUCGGUAUUGGCUACACAGUGGGCAACCUCACCUCCAAGCCUGACAGAGAUGUGCUUAUGCAAGACUUCUAUGUGGUGGAGAGCGUCUUUCUGCCCAGUGAGGGAAGCAACUUGACCCCAGCACAUCACUAUCCUGACUUUCGCUUCAAGACCUACGCCCCACUGGCCUUCCGCUACUUCAGGGAUCUGUUCGGCAUCAAACCUGACGACUACCUGUACUCCCUCGUAAAUGAGCCUCUGAUUGAGCUGACCAACCCGGGGGCCAGCGGCUCUCUCUUCUACCUAACCAGCGAUGACGAGUUCAUCAUUAAAACCGUCCAGCACAAAGAGGCCAAGUUUCUCCAGAGAUUACUACCUGGAUACUAUAUGAACCUGAACCAGAAUCCACGCACGCUGCUGCCCAAGUUCUACGGACUGUAUUGCAUCCAGUCUGGAGGCAUCAACAUCCGACUGGUGGUGAUGAACAACGUGCUGCCGCGCUCCGUCAAAAUGAACUACAAAUACGACCUGAAGGGGUCCACCUACAAGAGACGAGCGUCCAGGAAAGAGAGAGAGAAGAGCAGUCCGACCUACAAAGACCUGGACUUCCAGGACAUGCAUGAAGAAGGACUUUACUUUGACCCAGAGACAUACAACAACCUAAUGAAGACCCUGCAGAGAGACUGUCGGGUGCUGGAGAGUUUUAAGAUCAUGGACUACAGCCUGCUGCUGGGUGUGCACGUCAUGGACCAGAGCCAGAGGGAGGGGGGUGAGCCGGGCCAGGCUGGGGGAGACGGGAGGAGACCCGUGGGUCAGAGAGUGCUUUACUCAACUGCCAUGGAGUCCAUCCAGGGAGACGGCAAGGCUGCUGAAGCCCUCACCACAGACGACACGAUGGGUGGCAUCCCUGCCAAAACACACAAAGAAGAAAAGCUGCUCAUCUUCCUGGGUAUCAUAGAUAUCCUACAGUCAUACAGGUUCAUUAAAAAGUUGGAACACUCGUGGAAAGCCCUGGUGUACGAUGGCGACUCCGUCUCGGUGCACCGGCCCGGAUUUUAUGCCAGCCGCUUCCUCAAGUUCAUGAGCACACGGGUCUUCAGGAAGACUCAGCCACUUCGAUUCUCCCCUUCAAAGAGGACUCGUACGUCCAUCCCGGCUCUGAAGUCGUCCUCACAGGAGAUCCUUUCAUCGCAGGCGGAUGAGAGGAACGAGGAGGACAGGAGGGACAGGCUGGGAGGAGCCUGCAGCCUGGCCAGUCUGGACGGACAAGCUGUGUUCGGCUCGUACCUGCGCCCCGAUCUGGUCCCUGCCAACCCGUCCUUCUACGAGGGCUCCUCCAUGGGAACCAUCUCCACCUCCUCCAUUUUUGUCAACGUGGACAACCAAACAGGGGAGAGAGAUGACAUUGCAUCCAGCUCCACGUUCACCCUGGAGGACAGCGCUAUCUGCCUCACCUCAGAGCAGAGCACCAUGGAUGUGGACAUGGACCGCGAUGACGGAUCUGUUCUCGAUGUCUACUUGUGAAAAGAGCAGCUUUCCAACCUUCAUUUCCUCCUGCCAAUCAGACAAUCGCCGCGCUCCAUUGGACCGGCCAGACUGGCCUUUGACUCCACUUCCAGUGCUGCUACAUCCAUGUUGCCAUUUGCAUUGCCAACACAUAAAAAGACUGAGAUUCUCCACCGGUUGAUGGACUAAAAGAAGACACCAACAGAGUCACAGCGAUGGACAUCUGCAGGAACCAUGUGACAUAUCAUGUAACGUGAUGAACAUCAGGCUGAACUGAGUGUCGCUUUUUAGAGCAUGCGUCAACGCAGUGCCAUUAAGUUUUAUAUAUGUCUACUGUUUUCAUGGCCUACACAAAGAUCUAAAUAUUUACUUUAUAUAUAUAUAUAUAUAUAUAUACAUAUGAGGAGAGGGUAGAUACAUUUCUUUUAACGUUUCUUUCUGCUGACCAGAAAGAAACGAAAGAGCCUUUCAAAGUUUGCUGAUCAGAAGAGAAAUGUUUACAGUGACUUUAUGAAGGCAUCUUUGUCCCUGAUGAACAAGGAUGUGUCACACAAAGGACAGAAGCCAGCUCACAGACAAAACAGAUGAGAAAAUACUCAUAUGAACAGACGUGAUGGAUUCUGAAGCUCCACAGGCGUAACAGACUGUGACGUGGUUAAAGCUGCCACCGCAUCCUUACUGUCGCCCUGACAGGAACCUGAAGCUGUGGUUAAGGGCUGCUGUAAAGUGAAGUGACGGAAGACAGUUACUGGAUCUUAGAUGAAGCACAGCGCGGCGGGAUGAUGCACUCGCUCUUGAUCAAAAGGCACUUUUGACACUGGUUAUGAUUACUGUAAGAAAUAUUUUUCUCUGAAGAUGUAGCUUAGGUGGGUGGGCUACCUGACAUAAGCACACAUUUGGAUAUGUGAAUAUGCACUUUUUCUUUUCUCUUUUUACUCCACAAAUGCACACCUCUGUAAGUCAUUGAUGCUACAUGUACAGAGACAGUGACGGAACAUUGUAGAUCAUUUCUGAUGUGGAGCCAGUAGUUUUGUGAGGUUUUGCCUCAUGACUGAAGAUGCUUUUACUCAGGAUAUCCCUUUGAUACUGAAUAAGUGUGUCCUCCUCAAGAAGUUAUGAGACAUACAUCCUCCGCUUAGAAAGCUGUCCGAUACCUCUUCAUCAAGAACCAUAUCCAACUAUAAAUGUUGAAUUCCACAAGACCAUAAUUUAUUAUGUAAAUCUCAAUAUUUUACCAUUUGCUGAAAGAAAUACUUUAAUCGCUGAAUGUAAAGACAAUGCAUAUUUAUAUUUAGAGAGACUCCUAUAAAUAAAUAAACUGCUAAAAAUU